AUGGAAGCAUCAGCGUCAACACCCUAUGAUAUUCUUGGAGUAAAACAAACUGAUAGAAGCUCUAAUUUCUCUAAAGCAUAUCGUAUACGAAUUCGAGAAUAUAGAAAAGAUCGACUUCGAACAUCUGGAAAUCGUAAAAUUACAGCUGAACAAUUUCGACUUAUUUGUCGCGCUUAUGAAACAUUAUCUGAUCAUGAUAAACGUAACAAAUUUGAUCAAAAUGGAGAAUGGAUAAGAAAUCUACCUCUAGAAAAUUAUACAUUACAACAAUUAGCUGCUGAACCUGAACUUGCAAAAGAAUUAAAAAUUCGUUUACAAAAUACAACAUUAAGAGACAUAAAUGCACAAGAUCCACAAACAGGACAUACAACCCUCUAUUGUGCAGCACGUGCUUGUAAUCUAGAAGCUGUCCUUUAUUUAAUAGAGCAAGGAGCUGAACCUGACUUAGCACAGAGAACAGGAAGUACAGCUCUGCAUGUAAGUGCUUUUUAUGGACAUCCAGAAAUAGUUCGUUGUCUAUUAGAAUGUGGAGCGGAUUAUCGAAAAAAAAAUUCUGAUAAUAGUACAGCUGAAAAUGAGUCGUAUGAUGCUGAUGUAAUAAAAAUAUUUACCGAUUUGAAAAAGACACCAUUUGUACAAGCAGCUGCAAAUCAACUUGAUUGGUUUAAGGAUAAUAUAAAUAAUAUGACGCAGCAUAUUGAUGAACAGUAUUAUGUACAACGACAAACAUUACUUCACUGUGCUAGUAAGAAAGGUUAUCUAGAUCUUGUUCGUUGGUUAAUUGAAGAACGCUCAGCUAAUCUAGAUAUUAUUGAUAUCAGUUUAAAUUCAGCUUUACAUCUUGCUGCCUAUGGUGGACAUAAAUUAGUUGUAGAAUAUCUUUUAAAGCAAGGUGCUAAUCCACUUUUACUUAAUAAAUGGUGUUUGACAGCUGAACAGGAAGGCUUUAUUCAUGGAAAAUCUAUAACGAAUCUGUUUCAAUCGAUGCGUGAAAAAAAUAUGUUUGAAAUGUCUGCUAAUGGUAUCGAAUGGUGGUUUGAAUAUUAUUUUGAUGAUAAAUCACCGAAUAUAAUGAAUGAUAAUGGCAUAAAUUUAUUAUAUAUUGCAUGCCGUCGUGGUCAAACAUCAGUUGCAAAAUGGCUUUUAGAAAGAGGAGCUAAUGUUAAUAUUAAACUUUUACAAGAAUCAGAAAGUACACCAUUACAUGGUGCCGUCUAUCAUGGACAUAUUUCAACAGUUGACUUAUUACUAAGUUAUGGAGCUGAUUUAAAUAUAAAGAAUGUAUUUGGCUCGACUCCUAUUGAUGAAUCACGAACGGAUGAAAUGAAACAAUAUUUAAAACGAUAUCGUACUAAUUUAGAAGAAAAUAAAUUUUUCUCGAUACACUUAUAUAGUGAUGGUAAAAAGACUGGUGAUGAACCAUUAGCAAAAUUACAAUUAAAUUGUGAUGCCACUUAUAAUGAUCUUAUAAAUGCAAUGCCUGAUUCAAUACGAAAUAAAUAUCCAAACUUUUCUAUUGCUCGGCGUCCAUUAAAUUUUGAUAAAAAUGAUACAACAAUUCUAUCGGCAAUAUGUCGUGCUCGAUAUGAUAGAACGAAAUUUGUUCAAUUACCAUUAUGUAUAACAGCACAUGAAAAAGCCCGUUAUACACAUAGUGGUCAUAUUCUACGUGACGAACUUCCUAAUUAUUCUAUGCGCGAUAUCUAUCGUAAAUUUGCUUCCAAAUGCCGAACUUCAUCAAUGAAAAUUCGUGGUCAAUUGAAUGACAAUCAAACAUUUACAUUUGAGAAUUUAUCAUUUACAUUUCCACCGAAUUGUGCUAAUGAAAAUCUUUCUAUUGUUAUUGAUUACAUAAUAUCACCAGAUUUUAAUUUAUUUAAUUUGUCACAAUGUAUUUGUCUUUUCAAAACAAAAUAUCAAGAUGGAAGCACAAAGUUAAAUGAUAUGCCAACAGUUUUAUUUACUAGUGAACCAAAUGCGUUACUAUAUAAUUGGAUACAACCAUCAGCUUAUUGGUUUUCUUACAGAACACGACAAACACGUUUAGUUUCAAUAGGUCAAACACAUGCUUUUGUUCGUCAUAUUGAUAUAAUUCCUUCUCUAUUAUGUCUUCCGCCCGAUAUGUUCAUUUCGACGGCUGAUGGAAAGCCAUUUGAAAUUCGUAGUGAACCUAUUUCUUGUUACUAUUUAAAAAUUCGUGAACACAAUAAAAAAGAUUUCCCUCAUAUUGCAUAUCAUGGAACAAGUAUAAAAGCUAUUGAAUCAAUUCUUAUGGAUGGACUUGUUAUGCCAAGUACGGUAGUCUCUAUUGGAUUACGUAUUUGUCCGCCAACAAAUCAUAUUGCGAGAGGAACAACAGCUUUUGAUGUUCACGAUUUUUCAAAUGGAAUAUUUGUUACACCAAGUAUACAUUAUUGUUCAGAUCCAGUAUAUGCAGUUACAUUUACAUAUAAGGAUGAAUGUCUUAUACCUGUGUUGCAGUGUAGUGUAAAAAGUGGUUCAUUCAAGGCUUAUCCAAGUACUGUACCAGGUUAUGUGGCUCAUCAAGAUGAUGAUAUCAAUGCAAUCGAAUGGCGUUUGACAAAUCCAGGAGAUAUCCAAAUCAUAUCUGUACUUUUUAUUCCUGUGAUCACUUCUAAAAGUGAAACAGCGCUAUUGAGAGCUGAAAAACUUAGUGUGGAUUCAAGUAUUGUUAAAUCAUAA